GAAGCAGGAUGUAGCGGUACAUGUAGGCUAUCGGACUCGCUUCACAUCAAUCAAACCGACAGAAGUCCUUGCUUUUAAUGUCGACGGGCGUCGAUUGCAUUGGAGGUUGAGAGAUGGCUGUAGUAGGCAUUAUCAGCAGAGACGACAAACAUUAAGAAAAUGUCCAACAUCCUCGAUGCAGCGUCCAAAGUGAGAUGGGACCGUACGACUGCGGCCAAGCGAGCCGUGUUUCUUGCGGCUGCUGCCUACGGUGUCAAAACACUGUACCCCAUCAUCUGGAAGCAACUCAGCAAAAACAAAGAUCCCAGGAACAAUGGACGGAUUUCAAAGGCGGAAAAUGGAUCCACCUGUUUGAUAAAAACAUCGAAUGGUGCUGCGAAUCAUAAGAAGACAUCGCCUGGUGUAAAUGCAGAAUUUUUCAAGCAGAUACUCGAACUUGGUAAAAUCCUAUUCCCAAAGCUUGUUUCCAAAGAGCUCGGUUUACUCUCUCUGCACUCGGUUGCUCUGAUAUCCAGGACAUUUCUGUCUAUUUACGUGGCCAGCCUUGACGGUAAGAUUGUAAAAACGAUCGUUGAAAAAAGACCCAAGCGCUUCAUCCUUCAGCUGAUCAAAUGGCUCCUCAUCGCCAUCCCGGCCACAUUCGUCAACAGCGCCAUCCGGUACUUAGAGUGCAAACUAGCUCUUGCCUUUCGCACCCGGUUAGUAAACCAUGCCUACCGGACCUACUUCACCGAUCAGACCUACUACAAAGUGAGCAACAUGGACGGGAGGCUCGCCAACCCAGACCAGUCUCUCACUGAAGAUGUCAUGAUGUUUUCCCAGUCGGUGGCCCACCUCUAUUCUAACCUCACAAAGCCCAUUCUGGACGUGAUGCUGACCUCCUACACGUUGAUACAGACCGCCAGGUCCAGAGGGGCCAACGCCACCGGGCCGACCCUGCUGGCUGGGCUGGUGGUCUUUGUCACAGCUAAGGUCCUGCGAGCCUGCUCGCCAAAAUUUGGCAAGCUGGUGGCCGAGGAGGCUCACAGGAAAGGUUAUCUGCGCUAUGUGCACUCCAGGAUCAUUGCCAACGCUGAGGAAAUAGCUUUCUACAGGGGACAUAAGGUGGAGAUGCGUCAGCUGCAGAAGUGUUACCGGGCUCUGGCAGACCAGAUGAACCUGAUCCUGUCCAAGCGUCUCUGGUACAUCAUGAUAGAGCAGUUUCUCAUGAAGUAUGUGUGGAGCAGCAGUGGGCUCGUCAUGGUGGCUGUGCCAAUCAUAACAGCAACAGGCUUUGCUGACAAUGAAACAGCAGACGGGCACACACACGUGAUGGUGAGUGAGAGGACAGAGGCUUUCACUACCGCCCGUAACCUGUUGGCUUCAGGAGCUGAUGCUAUCGAGAGAAUCAUGUCGUCCUAUAAAGAGGUCACAGAGCUGGCAGGUUACACUGCACGGGUUCACAACAUGUUUUUGGUGUUUGAGGAUGUCCAGAGGGGCGUCUACAAGCGCUCUUCUCUAUCAGCCACAACAGGAGCCGAGAAGAAGAGCAAGCCUGAGAUGCACAUAGACGGACCGCUGGAGAUACAGGGUGAAGUGAUAGAUGUAGAAAAUGGAAUUGUGUGUGAGAAUGUUCCAAUAAUAACACCUAAUGGGGACGUGGUAGUGUCUUGCCUGAAUUUUAAGGUAGAAGAGGGCAUGCAUCUACUCAUCACUGGGCCUAAUGGCUGUGGGAAAAGCUCUCUGUUCAGGAUCCUCAGCGGCUUGUGGCCUGUGUACAGCGGCCAACUCCACAAACCCUCUCCUCAACACAUGUUCUACAUCCCUCAGAGGCCGUACAUGUCCAUAGGUUCACUGCGGGACCAGGUGAUCUACCCAGACUCUGUGGAGGACAUGUCUGCCAGAGGCCUCAGUGACAAGGACCUGGAUGCUAUCCUGGAUAUUGUCAACCUUAAGCACAUAGUCACCAGAGAGGGAGGCUGGGACACUGAGCUGGAUUGGAAGGAUGUUCUGUCAGGAGGCGAAAAGCAAAGGAUGGGCAUGGCCCGUAUGUUCUACCACAGGCCUAAGUAUGCGCUGUUGGAUGAGUGUACCAGUGCUGUGAGUAUUGACGUGGAGGGAAAGAUUUUCCAGACUGCUAAGGAUGCCAGCAUCUCUUUACUGUCCAUCACACACAGACCCUCACUGUGGAAGUACCACACCCACCUGCUGCAGUUUGACGGCGAGGGAGGCUGGCGCUUCGAGCAGCUGGACACGGCGACGCGCCUCUCCCUCACCGAGGAGAAACAGCGCCUGGAGGCCCAGCUGGCCGGCAUCCCCGAGAUGCAGCAUCGCCUGAACGAGCUGUGCAAAAUCCUGGGAGACGACUCGGUCCUCAAAACAGCAGAGGAGUGAAUUAGAGCUGGGUAAGGGGCCCAGAGGGGAAAAGAAGAGAGGAAUGGAGGGGGGGGACAAAGAGGCAAUGAAAGAAAACAGAAAUCUGUAGGGGGAUUUGUUCAUGGUUUUUUGGGGGGGGGCUUAGAUUUUUUUUUUUUUAGGUUGUUUAGAAUUUUUUAUUUUGCUCCGAGCCUCUUCCAUUAAACCAGUGUAGACAUCUCCUUCUUCCUCUCUUCUUUUAGUCUCUUCUUUACCCUGCUGCUGUGAGCGGGACAGCAAGGUGGAGAAUAGUAUUCUCCUAUCGGAUGUAGGUUUUUAAAUAUUUUGUUUCAGCAUACAUCAUUUUUAACGUCAGUUUGCCACAGUUCAAACUGGUAAAUUAAUUUGUUUGUUUUUUUAGCACUUUACUCUUUUAUAGAGGGUUGUUUCUGUUUGUUGUGUUCACUCACAGUGACUCGGUGAUAGCUGCAUUUUAGCUGAAAAAACUUGUAGUACAAAAACCACUUUAUAAUGUCCAAAGCAGUAUUCUGAUCCCAGCGUUCUGGGACUGUACAGGAUGAACAUGUUUCUUAAUUUAGCAGUAGAAUCUUGUCCCAACUGAAGUUACCUCCUAACUUUGAGAGUUCAUAAGAGACUAUUUUUCAAAAUGUCACAGUAUGCCUUGGUUUGAUUGGAGGAUCUGGCUACAGUACAAUCCCUUUCCUGAUACCUCACCUUAACCCAUCUUCUUGCUGACAAAGUGAACCACUAAGGCUCAGUUGCAGAUGCACACAUAGCUGGCACAGAAAAAUGGCCGAUCUGGGGUCAUUAUUAUAAUGAUUAGUGACGCAGGCCUGACUCCUUAACUACAGGUUUCUGCUUUAUUGAACAAAUACAAUGAGAUUAAGAGCCACCCUCAAAAGCUUUCUGGUCCUGGUGGUCUACAUAUAUAUACCAUACACAAAUAGCGAUGUUGCUGACAGACCCACCUGCACGCAGUGCCCUGUUCAAACUGUUCGCUGUGUUGACACCAAACACACCUGUGUGCUUAAUGAUUGUUGGCUCUUUUUGAGUCUGUUUGGAUGUACAACAUGGCAUGAUGUGACAAUGAGCUAAUACAUGGCGCUCAUUCUAUCAAACUAUAAACUUGAUGAGGACACAAGUCAAAGCUUCAUUUUGGUUUUAAAGUGGAAGCAGAGUGUUUACAUUACCCUGAAAGUUUUGGUAAAACUCCACACAUUACAUUUUAGUUUAUUAGGCCUUAUUGUGUUUAACAGAAUAGGACUUACUUUUGGUUUGAGCACUAUUUGACAAACAGUCCGAUCAUUCUCUUUCGACCUCCAUGCUUUAACACAUAACUUCUCUGAAGGUGUGAUACUGUGAAAUUAGUGAUCCAGUGCAUAAACAUCAUUACCUUUUCAUGAAAAAGUCAUAAAUGCUGUUUUCAUGUGGUGGUUGUAAGUUUGAGAUGUAGCUGUACUUCUUUUCAGACAUGUGUGCAUAAAGAGUCUAAAUGAAAAGGAUUUCAAAGGCUUUCGACUAUUGGGGGUGUACCAGGGAGUUUGGAUUGUUUUCUACAUCACACAAUAGGAACAGGGAGUUGAACAUUCAAUGAUUUGAUUUAUUAAGGAUCAUUUUUUGUGUGAUAGGUUACCAAAUGUUUACCUAGUUGAACUGUGAUUCAAUGUGUCCUAUGUUCAAAUCUAUGUAUCACCCCUAACUUCAAUUACAGAACCCAGAACCAAUGACAUGUGUGGAAUCACUAUAGAAUCAUAUGAAUGAGGAAAUCAUUUUAUAAGAGAGAAAAAUCACUGGACUUGUGUAUUUAUACUUUAACACCAAUCAGAACUCAAUACAUGUUAUUCUGAAAGAUGUAUUGACUGGUUAAGUGUAAUAUCAGGUCACUGGAAACAAUAACACUGUUAUCAUGUCUCUGUUUAACACUUCACCAUGAUGGUGUUGCAAAGCAUGGACAAUCAGUGACAUGAACAGGAGAAGACCAACACAAACACCUUUAUUCUGGUUUCUUCUAAGGUUUCUUCUCCCAGGUCUUAAAGGAAGAAUGUGCCACUUUUUGAUCCAGUAGAUGUCGCCCAAAACAAACUGCUGUUUGGGGACAUCUCUACUAUUCUGAAAAUUCUGCUCUCCUCCAGAGACACACCUCCAACCAUUCUCCACACGCGUUCGCACGAAGGAGUUAUGAAUUAGAAAGCAGCAUAAUUAAGCACCAUUAAGCACAAGCGGUGGACAAAAUUGUCCUUUGC